UCCUCUGGUAUAGUGGGAAAUAGGUGUGCUUGUUUGUCAGUUUGUAUUCAUGGCUACCGAGCUUCGGAGACUUCAAAUAAGCGGGCGCCAUCUUGCCCAGCUGCCCGGGUUUGCUAUGCACCAAAACCGCACUGCACCGCACGGUACCACGAUAGGACGCGGCUUGUAGAGUUUCUGAUUCCACUGCGACAUCUUGGUCGAUCGUGCUGGAUGCAGCGUACAUUGUGAUGGCCUGAGUGUGAUUUGCUGGCCCCUGGCCAUAGUGGUCAACGGGCGAAAGGUCGGUGAAUGUUCCAACACGACCCUUGGAUCCUUGAUCUACCUUACUUUGUAUGUAGGUCAGAGACCACCCACCCCCUCGUACUGGAGGCGGGGAGAGAUGCCGAAUCGCCCAGAAGAGCCGCAAACUGCGAGAUACCUGAAUUCAUCACGACCUUUUUCUUCUGCAGCACGGUGACCAAUUGACAUUGCGCGAUAAUGGCUCAGGUCGAGAGAACAAACGCCAUGGAUAGCCGCGCUUAGGCGAGCCACUGCGGCUUCAAAUCGAACAAGUACCAGUAUUAGCAAUAGAAUGCAUCUAAUCCUUGCAGUCUUGUCCCAAAUGCUUCUUUUUCAAUCACCUUGUGUGUCAUAUUCCGAGGAGACCAGGAAAGUCUCUGUUUUCAGUGAUGAGUGCAGAUUGUGGAAUAUCGAGAUGCCCGAUGUCGAAUAAUCGUGACCGUGUUACACCCGUUCUUUGAUCAAGCACCUUAGCCACGGUAGGCAAUAGGGCAUCGAAAUUUCAUCUCGGCGCACCCCGAGCCUCUGCUCUGAAGUACUUAUUCAUUCAUAUCUCGUUACCGGACCGGAAUUCGUCAGUGGAGUUCUGACCCAUUCAACGAAACAUCUGACCACAUUGUGGCGCCAUAUGAUCAAGGAGCUUGUCCUCAAGUCUAGGGUGACAAUAUCAUCUCAGCUGGAGGCCAACAAAGGUCGGUUGAGUUCCCAACGCACGUAUGUAAGAGCAAGGUGUGGUGGUUGGUGGCUGGUUAGGCAUGCUGAUGGAUGGACGACAGCAUCGGCUGUCGAUCAUGAUGACAGUGAUUCACGCCCACAUACCGACGUCAAGUUUUGUGUAAUGAGAAAGCUCCAGCUGUCUUAGCCGUAACUGGCCUUGCCCUUCAAUGGGGGACAUCUCUGAGGGACAAGAAUGUGGAGGGAUCCUUUGGAAUGGACCAUGCCGUCAUUCCGAUCACCCAAACGGUUUUUUGCAUAUCUAACCACGUUAGGAGCAUGGCACAGGGCUGAGACUUCAUUUUGCAAACGGACUGAUUCUGGGGGUUCGUUGAGAAGGAAAACGGACACGAUGUUAUAUGUGUUGAUGUUGGUGUUGGUGUUGAUACUCAAGUCUUGCCCCUAUCAUCGAAUUGUCUCUUGAUGCUCGCCAUAAGUAGUUAACGAUUAUUGGUACAUGUGAGCAUGAGCCAUCAUCGACAACACACCAAGGCAGCCACAGUUUACGAGUGGACAUAAUGGCACUGACAAGUAGUCUCGUAGGGAUCAAACCCGUGUGCGUGCAAUGCACUACGAUUGUGCCCAAUACAAUACCCACGGCGGUCGAGAUCAAGAACUACCCUACCCAUGGUGCAAUGCUACAUACAUACACAAUGUGCGCCAGGGUUUCGGGUAAUACAGGAAGCCAGGUUCAACAGCACAGGACAGUACGGCACACCAUUUCUUUCCAACGGAUAUGUUACUACCUGUACGUUAGUAAGUUGUGGUCAACAGCCAUGGAUGGAUGGAUGGAUGGAUGGAACGAGGCCAAAGAAACAGGUAAGGAGCAGAAGCACGAGCCAUGGCAAUAAUGAAACCGACAGACAGAAUGCCAACCGAAUGAGGAGAUGCUAUGCUUCUCUCGGCUUGGGCCUGAAGCUGUUUGUUCGUUCGUUUGUUGGUGGCUGUGGCUGGGCUGGACUAAGCUGACCUGGCUGGCUCAUUCUGGAAGCCUUCCCGUGCUGGAUUCCUUCUAGAAACAUUCUGUACCCAGAUAGGUACUCCAGCUUCCGUUCUAUUUCGUUCUGGAAGCCUUCCUAAUUGGACCAAACGGCCCUGGAGCGCUGGAGUAUCUGUUCACAUAGGUACGUUUACACGAACCACACCACACCCGUCCUUGCCCUACUACCCUACCCUCCCUACCUUACCUAGCCUAGUCUAGGUACCACAGCCCUUGGAUUGGAUGGGGAGUGGGUGGUCUAAGAGUGUCACCACUCAUCAACUCCAACCGGCCUCGCCGUGUCUCCAUCUAUCACCACCAAGUCCAACGAAACACAUCGCACCCGAGCCGAGGAAGAAGGGUUGGAAGCUGAGAAAAAUUCUUUGUCGUAAUUGCGUGCAAGCCUACCCACGAUCUCGUUGUCGCCCCGGCAGAGUUGGACCCAGAUUCAGCCAAUUCCGCAGCCCUCCGCUCCCCUCCCCUCUCGGCGCGUUCCAGAAGACUUUUUCGAAGCCCCAAAGAAAAGCUUUUAUUGAAACUAGUAUCGAUUUUCCUGUCUCCAAUAAUUGCAGCCAGACCAUCCAUGUCAGGAAGCUUCCACCGCUGCAACGGCCCGGAACUUGCUUGCUUGACACAGGGAUCUCACACCCAAGCUGGAGACAUGAGUCGGGACCCUGCCUACGGGUAUCAGAAGAGGAUGCCGUUGGCGCCGUCAUCUCUUUGCAAGAGUUAUAUCGCACCGCCUCACAUUGCUGACGUACAGGCUAGACUCGGUGCGAUCGAUGCCUUGCGAAGUCGCUAUGCUAUCCAAUGCAAAGCUCUCCCCCCCCCCCCCAGCAUCGCGUGGCCCAGUAAGCGGACGACGCCGUGUAUAUUUGCGACAUUUAAUAUGGUGUCGUAUCCCUGGCGUCUCUGAUUCUUUCCAAGAUCGGUCCGCAUCGGCAGAAGGAUUGUGAGAAGAAUCAAAGAUGACCGGACGGACCAACUCCGUAGCCUGCCUGCCUACACAGAGUUGCCAUGUACCGGUAGUUGUGGACGCGAUGCGAUACCCAUAAGUUCAAUCCAACAGGCGGUAAAAGUUGACGAGGGUAACAUUGUUUCACACUGCCCCGAUUGGUAAAAUACAGAUCGUGUCAUUCAGGACAGACAGACAAGCAGGCAGGCAGGCAGGCAUCUGACUUAUCGAAGUCUGGUUCGUCUACAGCAAACCGUGCGUAUGACAAACAAACCAACAAACAGAAACCUUUUGCUUCCAGCUCAUUUCAACUUUCGUCUAAACACCAGAACCGGCCAUCGUCACUGACUUAGGGCGUGGAUAUCGACGGGCCUAUGUCUCGAUCCGCCUCUUUCUGGUGCAUUGCCUGUGGCAAAACCGCUUCCACAUAUUGAAUAGUGCCCUGCGGCUGAGGACCCUGGAUCACCACGCGCCUAUUAGUGUCGGCGUACCGUGGCCAUGGAUGCGAUGCCUACCUUAUUUCGAAUGGCCCCAAGUUCCUGAGUCAACUUAACAAGCAUGCACGCCACUUUGCAUGGGCCUCGGAUAUGUCAAGGCUUUUGGGCUUGGUGGAACGUCCAAGUUAUCAGUUAGUUCUACUCAAAUGCCCCUGGUAGACCCGGCCUUUCUUUGUCGGAAUCUGUUUGCUACAGUCUUUGUAUAAUCCCAUUGCCAAGCUUUUCCAAGGGUCUCCAUGAGUCCUAUGAUCGAACUUUCUCUCUGACAGCACAUCUGAACUGUCCUCGUCUUGAGGGCCAUCAUGGUGGACAGUGUGCCUGUGCUGUGGCUGAAUGAAGGUUCUAUUCUUCUAGGGCCUUUGGGUUUGUCCUUUCUUGCCUAUAGCCAUACCGAGUUGAGCGAAUCACCAAGUUUUGCUACAUUUAUCCUCCCGAAUAGAAGCACCGGCUCAAGCGCCUACUGUUGACACAUGUUUGGGCCACGAGAAAUUCCUCAAUUCGACACAACCUUUCGAUCGUCUAAGCGAAGGGUCAGAUGGUGACACCGAAACUUAUCGAUGGCCGACCUCGGCGUAAUAGAAAGUAAGAGAGGGGACGACACGCACGACUUUGAUCCCACAGUCCCAAUAGAUUCAGAGGCCCACGUAUCGCCCACUUGGCUUGUGGUGUUGUGGGGGAUGGCAUCACAGACCCGUUGUUGCUGUUGUCUCUGACGCUCGUUUAUGACGCUCGCUUAUGGCUGACGAUUUAGCAACUGUACCUAAGGGAAUGCGGAAUAUUACAAUGGCACGCUAAUGGCACAGAAAUCUGCGUGAUCGUCGCCUUCGUCAUGUAGUUCUUGGCUCACGCUUCUCUCGAGACUGCCCAAAAGCACAAAGAACCCAUCAGGUCUUGUCUUCUCAGGUUUGUGAUUAUUUACAAGCCACUCGCAGCAUACCCCGGUUGCUGUCUGUGGCAGACCAGAGGUUAACACGCGAAAAUUUGUGAUAACACGCAAAUGCAAGCCUCGUAAGCAAGGGAGUCUAGAGGGUGAUUUAUGUUUUCUAUAAAACAGUCACAAUAAACACCAAGCCUUAUCAUGGGCUAGGCACCUAAUCACGAACAUGCUUCAUGAUACAGAACAGAGAAAAUUGGCUAACGAGAAUUGUAUUUAUGUACUUAUUCAUCCAGCACUGCGGCUAGGCUAGAUCAACAGUCGUUCUUUCGUGGAUCAAAUAAUAGCUAUAACUCCGACAAUGAAUGCAAUGCAGUGGUAUCUCACCCGAAACACUUUUCCCCGGUACUGUCCCCGGUACUGUCCCC